GUUGCGUUGCUGUUGUUUACUAUAAUGGUUUUUCUUCAUGUUUUGCUUCCUUCCUAAAGAAUUUUGUGAGUGAUGUUGGUAAAAGGGGCGCUUAUCGGAAAAUUUUCGUAAAGUGAACAGUAAUCGAUGGUACAGAAGCUUUGUUGAAAAGUGACUGAAUAUACAUGAUCGAACGAAACGAAGUCUUAGAAAAUUAAUAUAUCUAGAAAUGAAGAAGCAUAUAAAUUUAUACUGAGUAUCUAUUGAAGAGUGUAGCAAAGUGAGCUGUGUUCAGUGGACAAAAAAGUUUAAUAUAUGUUUCCGAGCUUAGUAUGUCUUGAAAUUGGUAAGCCAGCCACAGGUCUUCGCGCGUCUUUUUAAUAGCGUACAGGUAAUGUUGUUGCUUCGUAUUAAGAAUUCCCGUUUGUCUUACUUAGCAUCGCGGAUACAUAAUUACGCUAAAAGCUGUUGUAGAUGGGCGGUGAGUGUUGUGGUAGACACCAGAAUCUUUUGCUAGAAAUCUCUUAGUAAAUUGAUGCAGUUUUGAGCUUUUCAGUUGAGCUAGCGAGUUAGAAACUUCGUAGAGAUCUACUCAGAGUAUCAGUCCAUAGUUUUGCCCAGCUCCUAUAUUUGGUGGCUUUAUAGAAGAAUAGAAGCAUCCUCCUUAGACAUUAAGAGGUAGGAUCAGCAAUCUCCUCAAUGCGCUUUAUUAUUCAUGUGGAAGUCAAAAUCUGUAGCGAAAAAACAAGUUUAGAAGUUUAUCUUCGCAUGAUCGUUUAAUUCGAACUUUUUUUAUCAGCAUAAUAAUCAAGUGUAAAGGGAUAACAUAUUAAGUGACAGUUGUCAUGCCUUUAAUAUUGUUUUAAACUUAAGCUGAGCUGGUCUUGGCGGAUUAAAAAAUCUUCCAAUUUGAGUAAUCAUGAUAUCAUUCUUUCAAAACAUGAUAAAAUUUUGUUCUGCAAAUGGGCUAUGUAUCUAAACGAAAACGUUUUUAGAGCUUUUACUACAACCGAACAUCACACUGCCUUUGUCUAACACGUAUCAUAAUUGAAAUUGAGCUAGAAAUUGCUUAAUCAGUUAUCCAAGUCCAUCGCUUAUUCCUGGUUUUACUGACGCCUUUUUAAAUCAAGAAAAAAAUGUUUUGGUUGUUAUGACCACACAACAUGGUAAGAGCAUGCUGGUGUCCAGGACUACCAUUUUUGUCGAGCAUAUGAAACAGGAAACUAGAAAGUAUUGUUAACGACUGUUUGAAGCUGGGUUACACGUGUUGCAUCAAAUAUUAAUGCUUUUCACAAGAACUAUAAACAAGGAAUGAGCGUAGUUUCAAAGGAAUGGACAUGAAAGAAAGGAAUGGAUUUAUGACGUAGCAGGUUAGACAUACCUUUGGUUGCUCUGUCUUAUAAUAAACUGGGACAUAUGCACGCAGGGACCACUAGCGUACAGCCAUGAACUUAGGAAUAAGAAAGAAAGAAGAUGGAUGAUUGGAAAGUGGAGUGAAAAGGGAAAUAUUCUAUCUAGGUGGAAAGAUCUUCUAUCUUGGCCGGGAGAUACACUGGAUCGGGAUUUAGAACACAGGUAAGGGGAGCAUACCACUGAAGGAUGUUUUGCUUGACUUUACUUUCAAACAGAUGCGUCAUUACGAUAGAUAAUGCUUUGUUUCUAAAUGCGAGUUUUCUUUCACCAAAGGCACUUGAAAGCUAUGCUCUCCUCAUACAAGCAUCAGUGGUCUGAUAUGUCUUUCCUGUCAUAUUAUAGUUCGUCAUUUGUCAGUUUCUUCCCAUUGUAGUGUCGUGAUGUAUACAUACAUUAGAAUAACAAUGCAUACAUUAGAAUAAUUAGUUGAUGGACUAUAAUAUUAGUUGAUGGACAUACUUAGCUGUAUGUUCUGUUAUGUUCUUACGACACUAACGUUCUGUUACCUGCGACACAAAACAUAAUGGUCAUUUAUCAGUCUUGUCAUUGGUCAGUCUUGCCAUCCCUUUCCAACCUGAAAGUGCAAAUGUAGACGCCGCUUUAAAUAUCUUAUCCCCAUAUGUAAAUCUGUCGCUGCUGAUGCUCAAUUUCCUUGCAGAUACCGCAAAACCAUAGGACUGCAAACAAAAUUGCAUUGAUCAAUUCAUUCUCUAAUUUUAUCAUCACAAUAGCAAAAACAUAAACUAAUUUUGAAGCGGCAACAAGCGUUGGAGUUCAUAAAAUUAUCGGCUUAAUUGCGUGUCCUAAUUACCUUUACCGCAUUUUCAUUAAUAGUGAUAAGAUAACAAUUAAACCAUUAAAAACGUCCGAACGACUUUCCCACAUACUUUUAAUCGAUUCAUUCAUGAGGAUAUUAAAAUCUCCCGUAUUGGAUCACAAUAAACAAACACAGUUAUUACCAGGCUCAGCAUCUUCGAAACCCUUACAGCUAUUCCCUCGUACCUUUGGUCACAAAAUUUAAUUUUUAAGGUGGGGACAACCUUUUUCAUCCUCAUUUAAGAGACAUCAAAAUGCUGAGUUAAGGAAGGAGCCAAACCCAGACAGAACCCUUGCUUUUGUAGAUGUUAUUCCCUUUUGUGCAAAUAUUGAGGUUGGUUGGUUAGCGAUUUUUGUUUUUCAGUCUGUAUUUUCCGGCGUUAUAAGUAAGAUACAUCUUCAUAAAAGGCCAUUUUUAUGCGCUAGAAAACACAAAAAGGCAUAUCUAAGUGCCUAUUUCUGUUAACGUAAUUUUGCUGAGCAACGACCAACACUGCCCCAAAACAUUGAAACAAAGAUCACAAGAGUACAUUAUGGCAUUACAUCCUUUUCAAAGUUGCAUGCCUCAUAUUAUUCAUUAUCAGGAUAUAAUUUGGUCAGUUUGGCUGCCGCAUCUAACUGGCAUAUGUUCAAUCCUGGCCUACACACAAUCUUUAACAACAAUGGUACUGUACUAAAUGAUUGUUUCAUUUAAAAUAAUUAAGUCAAACUAAGGGGCAGACGAGACAUAUAAUUGCUGUGAGAAAGACAGAAUUGGCUGGUACUCUUCAACAGGAACUAUCUAUUUUGUAUAUGACGUCAUUCUUGUAAAUUAUUUAUUUGGUGUUAUUAUUCGGUUGUUUACUAAAGUGACUUUCUAGUCACGUCAAAGCUUAAUACAACAAUAGUAUCUUAAUUCAUCAAUUGUUUUAUGGCGGUCAAUAACAAUACAAAAAACCUUGUGUUUAUUAUCACACGUGUAUAGACGGCUGCGUGAGGCCAUGAAUCGAAUAAGGGCAGAGACUCUAAAGCAACAUAUGUACGUCUGUAGCAUAGAAUCAGUUAAUUACAGCUGAGAAAAAUAUUAUCACAGGUUACGCACCAAGUGGUAGUUAGGUUUUUGGACACUGGCGUAGCUCGCAAAAAUGUGCUGAAUAGCAGUAAGAUAAUCUAGUGGCGCUAGGGAGGAGUUGGGGGCUAUAGCCUCUCAUUGGAGAAUGUAAGCUCACCGUCGGAAAAUUAGCGCAUGAAAGUCUUGUACAGAAAGAUUCUUGCUUCAGAAAUAGGAGUUCUAAACACUUGCAAACACCAAAAAAUCACUUCUUUGUUGAUGAUUCCUAGAAAAUUUAAAAAAAUAUGCCGAUGAUCUCUUCACAGUCAAGAGAAUGCUGUCCCCAUGAGCAGGGCUGACAUUGGCAGAGACCAUGUGCAUUGCUCCCCUGCUGUAAACCUCUUGAAACAGCUUUUGGAAGCCGAAAACUGCAUUGACCGGCUCAAUUUGAGCUUCAAGCUUUCCCUAUCAAAUGCUUUGGUCCUCCAAGAUAGUCACACUUAAUCUGAAGCUAAUGCGCUCGUCUUCGUCUGCUUGACCACGUCGUUCCCAUUUGUUGUGUUGGCAGGAUAAAUUUCGAUUUAGACUAAAUUCGACGGGAAAAAGCUAGGGAGGGAAAUAUUUUGAAAAAGGAUUCUUUUGAUGUAUUGAUAUGAUGUUGAAACUGUCUUUACUGCGAAACUAAAAGUGAGUUAUGGGCGUUCCUUAUUGGUAAAGUCGUUUUUAAGCAGUAUAUGAUAAAAAAAAGUGAAACUGAACCGAUCUUUGCUUUUGUCUGUUAUGUUAUUGAUACUGUGAUACUUUAGGAGGGCUUAGUAUGGAUCUUCCCUUAAUGAUAUUGCUUCAUUGAGACAAAUAAGCUAGAAGGAAAACGGCAAAUGCGACACAUUCUACUUGAUUAUGGGGGUUGAAGCCCCCCAGCCCCUUAACUCUACGCCUGUGAUGCUGUAUUUGUUGGAAAGGAGAAUCAAAUCAAGCCUCACUUUAUUAUGUCAAGAAAAACCCCUUAGUAGAAGGAAAAAACAUGGUAGAGAUGAGUAGAAGAAUUCAAUUCAUUUUGGAUGGUUUUUAAUGGGCUUAGGGCGGCAGCUAUCAUUGAUGUAAUGAAUAUUAUGCAAGAAUAAUGCCUAUUUUACAGACAACCUGCAAGAAUAAUCACUAAUUCCAAGGCUUAAAUAGUAAUUUACCAUGCCAUUAGUUGUUGGGUUUCGUGAUAAAGAGGUCCUUAAACUUAGUGUAAAGCGGCAAUGUUUAAUUGCUCUAAUUUACGCUGUUCAGACAUUCUGACGAGGACGUUUUGUGGCGGGUAAGUCCAGAGAAUCGAAGGCAGCUGUAACAGCAGACAUGUGCAGAAGAUUGGUGGUUGGUUAGAUAUUGCGUGCUUUGUGAAGAAGUGUACAGAAUUAACUAAAACCAAAGCGAAAUGUAGGACAACAAAACAAUAAAAGUGCCAGGUGCUUAAGAGAAGCGUCGAAAAUAAAUCAUUAAUACCGCAUGGAAUAAUCCGUUCAACGGAGAAUUCAUUUGAAACGUAAUUUCAUUUUAUAUAGAGGAUUAUUACGCAAAUCAUCAAAAUCGGGCGUUUAAAAGGAAUACUCGAGAAACAAGAAAAACAAGAAAGUUUUGGGUAGUUUUGUUGAUCUUUAACCUGACAAAAAGAAGUCACUUGGGGUGAAAACUUAAGUAAAUUAUUGGGCCUAACUUAAAAUUUUUCCAAUAUGGAAUGUCUAUGAUAAACUCAAUGUAUCUUUUCUUGGUCUACGAGAAUUUGUUCUUGGGUCUUCCUGUUUUUGAACUGACUUACACUCCCCGUAUUGCUAUAGUGCUAUGAGGAUGCCUAGGAAAUUGGCGAGGGAGGAAAAUUUUUAGACAGAAGACUCUCCCCAUUCCUCCUUUCCUCUCAAUUUCCUAAGCACUGGAAUUCAGGACCAAAUGUCGAUCAACAAAAAGUCCUUCAACAGGGACUAAAUCAAGUAAAGCAAAUUGGUAACGAUUAAAAACUUAUGGAAUAAAAGGUUCUGUUUUCUCUUUUCUACUCGAAAGCUUAACGGAAGAACAGCUAGGGCAACGCACAGAGAUCUUUUUGAGCAGGAAAUGGAACCAAGAAAGCCUAAUCAUAACCAUUUGCUAUACUUGUCGAUUCAACACAUAGAUCUAACACAAUUUUAACCCGAUCUUUCUCAUCUACCACUGGACUAACGGACAUUUUUUACUUCAUAACAAGAAAGGUUGACUUAGCGUGUUAAAUGGGCAAGGUGGAGGAAUGCUUGUCUUGCAAAUCAAAUACCUUUGCAUAAAUUCCGGUUCACAGAUAAUAUUUGUCAGUGAAAAAGGUGUCAAUUAUUUCACAGAAAGCAUUGCACAUGCGACCCUCCCUUAUAAAUUCUAGCUCUAAACAUUUUCAUAGGUGUAUUAGACAACUAAGAAAAGAUGUUGAGUUAUCUAUGUUUCAACCAAUCAGGGCAAUUGAUUUUCAUUCAAAACAACUCAAUGAUUUCUUGUCGUUACUAUCAUUUCACAGUAGCUACUUAUAAACAGGAGAAGAAGCGGGGGGGGGGGGCUGAGAAGCGGAGGAGCGUCUUCUGUUGACGGUUUUGUUGUUCUGGCACCUAGGGUACUUCUUAUAAGAACAAUUUUCUAGCAAACUUUAAUAAAUUAUCCAUUUCUUAGUCACCCUCAAAGUACGUUAUGAACUCUCUUGAAGUUUACCCAAAUUAUACCCUGUUUUCAUUGUUUGUUGUGAAGGUUUUCGGAAACUGUAUAGGGAUAUAUUUUGAUAAGAAUGGUGGUAUUUUUUGCUUCCAUUCUCCCAUAGCGCAACCAAUAGACUCAAACUAUGGUAUGAUUCCUGCUUUUAAAAUGAUGCCUGCAACACACAGGCAAAGCGUCGAGACAUGGCUUUACAACCACAUUGAUCAUUGCAGAUGUUGAAUCAAGAUAACCGUUAUUCAUGCACGCUUUGCAUUUGAAAAAACAUUUAUCAUCCGAUCAAGUCUAUAAUCACAUUAAAGAAUACAUCAUUUGAUACACGGAGACUAUCUUAAACAUUUAACUCUGCGAUUUUAAACUCUGUGGUCAUGCUUAUCCUUUUUAAUCUUCGCCAUCUUGAGAACAUGAAAUCUCCGGCUUCUUGACAUCCUGCAAAAGUUUCAACCAUCAACAUCUGCUUUUGGUUACAGAGAAACAAAUGCGAAUCAUGCAAAAGAGGGUUUUAUGAUGAGAUAAAAACAUGAACUGUUCUCGCCGCUUUCGACUCUGCAAUGAACUGAUGGGAGAGAAUCAUUUUUCAGGCAUGCCUUCGAAAAUAUCUGAAAACAAUAAAGAUUAAUAAAUAAAAACAACUUUUGACUAGAUUUUCAAAAGGAAUGAAUUUGCAAGCAGCUAUCUUGAGUUGCAUAUGAAUUGCCUAGGUUUUGUGAGAACCUCGAAUCCAGUAGUUUCCUCAUGUAUGUUAAAUUCAUUUGUAAAAAAACAGGCAAGAGGAGAUAUUUUAAAACCGGGCCAGCUGAAAAAGUGAUCGGUAAAGAGAUUAACCGAUGAGAUGAUGGGUCUUAUUCCCCUCUGCUUUUCGGUUCAAGUUAGGCUAGUUGGAAAACGAGAUGUUUUCAGGCAAAUCGCCAAAUUUCAAUUUUGACUGAAAACCUCCACAAAGAAGAAACAUACAGCUCUUUCCAUGUUAUUUUAUGCCUCUAAGAAAGCUACCUGCCUAGUUAUCUUUUCUCUCUCCCUCCCUUGAAACCUGUUACCUGUCCCUACCUUCUCCCUACCCUCUCCCUUCCUCUUCCUUUUCCAACCUACAACACCCCUACCUUCUCCAACCCCUGCUUGAAACUUGCAACGUCCCUGGGUUCGAGUAAACUUGAAGGUAUCAAAAUCAUGAACUGACUUGACUUUGUUUGACACCCUGAUAACGGGUUGAGUCUUUGCGAUAUGUGAUUUGUAUCCGGCUAAAACACAAAGCCGAGCAGGGGAUCGCAUCAAAUAAACAAAUUCUGUCGAUUUUCGCACUUCUUGUUGUUUUUGUCGGAUUCAUUGCUAGCACGACAUAGCUUUUUCAAUAUAAACAAGAGAGUGAAUUGUGUGAAAAAUAUGCCUUUCCGAGAUAGUUCUUUGGUUUCGAGCAGCUCACCUUUCUGUUGCUGCAUAUUCACGCGGGAUACGCUUUAGGUUCAUUGAAUGAAAUGAGUGAAAGUUCAAAUUCGCCGGGUCGCCAGACCCACCUGAUCUCGCGGUUUAAAGUCCCGAAUCCAAAUGGACCAAAUAUGGCGGAAUAUGUUUAUGAAGAUCUUUCGGCAAUGAACCCUUCGUUGAGGGAAACGUGGUUAUCAGAACAAUGCGCAUCAUUUGAGAACGAAAACAAAAAUUACUUCUACGUCGAAAAGGAGACUUACAUCGAAAGCCUUUACAAAUACUUGAGAAAAGUCACGAAAAGAUGGUCUUCUUGGAAUCAUAAAUCGUUUGGGCCUAUUACAUCUAGAGACCAAAUAAGAGAGCUGCUGAAAUGGGAACGGUCCCGCGGAUUUCGUCAUCACUCAGGCCAUAACCGUAACCGUGGAACAAGUUCUUCGUCUGAGCAAGAUAUUGAAGCAAAUCCGCUAGAGAAAUUCGAGACAUUUUGUUCUUGCUCAGAAAAUCUAUUACUGGUUUUCAAGAGAGACAUUUACAAGCCCUUGACUGAGUAUUUCUUGGAUUCAAAUACGAAAGUGACAUUGCAAGAAAUUCCUGAGAACCUGGCGUCGUGUAUUAGCAAAUGGGAAACCCUGCUGGAAUCAAAGGAGAUUGAUGAUAAACUGUUUAGUAAGGAGAGCGAAAAGGAGAUAUUUAUGAAUGGUUUGAGAAACAGAACGUCAGAGAAUGAUCUCGUGCUAAGACUAGUACCAGACCUCUUUGAAAAGCACGUUGAAGCGUUGAAGCUUGCACGUCGGUGGAGGCUUAUUGUUAGGGCAAGCGAUAUUAAGCGAAGGGGUACGUUCACUGUAGCUAUGCCACAAGCGGUAAAGCUUCUGAAGCGACGUGAAGAAAUACAGAGAUCGAUGAGAACAAGAAGCCGCAGAAAGAACUCUAUGGAAAGCAACGCAAAUAGCAGUGAUGCGGAGUCUCAUAACAAUGAAGAGGCGCAGGAGCGAUACAGGAAGGUUCUGAAUGAGCUUGAGGAUACAAAGGCAACCUGUCUGUUGUAUGAAGAUGAGAUAUCUGUUUAUAAGGAAGAUUAUGAUCAAAUGAGACGAGAGUUAAGUUCGGUCAAAGACACUUGCAAGGAGCUGCAUGCAAAGAUCACGGAACCAAGAUUGCAGGACCGCAUCGAAUCGCCCGAGGUGGAAGAGAGUUCAGCAGAGUACUGUAGAGUCUUGAAAAAAGAACUUGACCACACUAAGAUGAAAUACUGUUCACAGAGGAUCAAACUUAUGAACGCGAAAAAACGAGUAGAAAAUCUCAACAUGCAGCUUACACAGGCUCAGCAAAAGUACGGUCAAUUGGAAGAUGAGAUGCAAGGAGCACGUGGCAAAUAUGGAAAGCUCGAAGAUCAGCUAACCAUUUCACGCAGAAAUCUACAGACUCAAGGAAGUAUGAUAGAUGCACUACAGCAUCAAUGCAAGACUUUGUAUGACGAGUUAGAGAAAACGAAUGAACGCUGCAAGACAAUGGAGGGUGACCUCACGUUAUCAAAGAAACGAUGCAAGGACUUAGAGCAUGAUGUACAUAGGAGGAUAUCCAGAGAAGAAGAGCUGGAGAAAGAAAACCGAUUUUUAAGAGAAAAGCACAUCAAGGGAAAAGAAAGAAAACAGGCGGCAAAGACUGAAUGCAUGUUUCCUGAAAUAAACAGAGGUCGCUCUUCGUAGUGCAAAAUCAAUGAAUUGUAAAGCUACUCCAAGACUGAUGAUGCAAUCUUGAUGCUCUAGCAAAGAAAUUAAAAAUAACUCAUACGAACAAAACACCGUGAAUUGACCUAUGUUUAAAGUUUCAAACUUACUAGUUGACUUCUAAUACGACUGGAACCAAUUUCCCCACAUGCCUUUUGCUCCAGCUUUUAAAAACAAUCGAAAAUUUAUCUUAUAAUAAGUGUCUAUAUUGUUAUACUUUUUUACCAACGAUGAGCAUCACCGUGUUAUGAUAACUGAUGGACCAAAAACAAUUGAAAAUCAUUCUAUACUAAAACGUCCCUUCUUUCCAUUUCGAAUGCAUUAUCCACUAUCGCAUUGAAAAAUUAUCAUUCUUAAGUUUUCUUAAGUAUUAGAUGAAAGCCCAACAUCGGGUAAAAGUUAGUGUACCAUGUAAAUGAAACAAACUGUUAAUUUCAAGUCUUAAAAUUGUCAUUAAAUUUGAUAGUAUUUAUAAAAUAUCUUUUGUUGAUAUUGCCCUAGAUAGUAAUUUCUUUAUUAAUUUAAAAUCUUUUAAUGUCAGAGCUUGAAAGAAUAUUUAUAUAUGAAUUUGUACAUAGUUGAAUUUUUCAUGUUAAAUUUGAGUUAACAUCA